AAAAGCAUUAGUCCUCAGAAAACCCUAGUUUCACUUCUUCUUUUUCUGUUGCUCCUGAAAGAAAAAAAAAACACAGAAGCGGCAGCCCUUUUUGCUCACUCAGAGUAGUUUGGACUUAAGAAGAUGGUGAGAGUCAGCGUUUUGAACGAUGCACUUAAGAGCAUGUACAAUGCCGAGAAGAGAGGCAAACGACAGGUCAUGAUCAGGCCUUCCUCCAAAGUGAUCAUUAAGUUCCUUUUGGUCAUGCAGAAGCAUGGUUACAUUGGAGAGUUUGAGUAUGUUGAUGACCACAGAGCUGGAAAAAUUGUGGUUGAACUGAACGGGAGGCUGAACAAGUGUGGUGUGAUCAGUCCUCGUUUUGACAUCGGAGUCAAAGAGAUUGAGGGUUGGACUGCUAGGCUACUUCCUUCCAGACAGUUUGGAUACAUCGUGCUCACCACGUCAGCUGGCAUCAUGGACCAUGAAGAGGCAAGAAGAAAGAAUGUUGGGGGGAAAGUACUUGGUUUCUUCUACUGAGACAAAUUUCCCAGAUUUUCAUUUUGAUUUCUCUUCAUGUAGGACAUGGUAGUUUUCAUCCGCCAAAUCUUCUUUUGUUUAUCGGGGAUCUCACUUAUGUUUCGGUUAUGACGGUUUUUUUU